UAUGCUGGUCACACUUGGCCUUCACAUCGAACCGAAAUCGCUUUAUAAAAGACAAAAGUGCAGCUGGUUGAAAGUUGCAUUAACGAAACUUCGAUAGUAUUAGACACUCGACAUUCGGCAGCUAUCCACGCCGCACACACAUCACUCCAGCGCGAAGCACUAGUGCCACCAGCUCCACAGCCGGCUCCAUUUAGCUCCAUUAACUGCAUCAGAACCACCAAUCCAACAGCAACCAUGUCAUCCCGCAAGACCGCCGGACGUCGCGCCACCACCAAGAAGCGCGCCCAACGCGCCACCUCCAAUGUGUUCGCCAUGUUCGAUCAGGCGCAGAUCGCCGAGUUCAAGGAGGCCUUCAACAUGAUCGACCAGAACCGAGAUGGCUUCGUCGAGAAGGAGGAUCUGCACGAUAUGCUGGCCUCGCUGGGCAAGAACCCAACGGACGACUAUCUCGAUGGCAUGAUGAACGAGGCGCCCGGUCCCAUCAACUUCACCAUGUUCCUCACGCUCUUCGGCGAGCGGCUGCAGGGCACCGAUCCCGAGGAUGUGAUCAAGAACGCCUUCGGCUGCUUCGACGAGGAGAACAUGGGCGUCCUGCCCGAGGAUCGCCUGAGGGAGCUGCUGACCACCAUGGGUGAUCGGUUCACAGACGAGGAUGUGGACGAGAUGUAUCGGGAGGCGCCCAUCAAGAACGGUCUGUUCGACUACCUCGAGUUCACGCGCAUCCUUAAGCACGGUGCCAAGGACAAGGAUGAGCAGUAAGAUCGCCAGCAGUCGAUACACUAGCCAGCUGCCUCUCCAAUCAGCCUGUCCAAACUAUCCAUCAUGAGUUUCGUUUUGAUAAUUUAAUAUAUACAAGUAUAAACAUUUUUUUUUGGUCUCGCGCCUUCUGUUCUUUGAUUCCUGAUAUUCCUGUACUUACCCGUGCAUUUGAAUUAAACAAAAAGUAGCCAACACCAGCGAUUGUUAUGUGCGACACUGUAGUGUGUGAGAUGUUGGUGCCAGAUAACACGAUUUCCCGAAAAACUCCUUUCAUAAGUAUUAACUCAUUGAAUAUACAUAUAUAUUACCUAUAUACAAAUACAUACUUAUACAAGAAUGUGGCAAUAAA